AUGACGCAGCUACAGUUCACAUCUCUACAUCAAGUUUGUGACAUGCUGAAGAUCCGAGAUAAUCACUUCUUAGGACUGAGUGUGGUACAAAACAAUGAACACAUUUUCAUGGAUUUGGAGCAGAAGCUUAACAAGUAUUUUCCUAAGGAAUGGAAAAAAGAAAUGAGCAAAAAUGAUGAGAAGUUUGGUGUUCCAUUCGUCGUUUGUUUAAGAGUGCAGUACUAUGUAGAAAAUGGCAAAGUAAUAAGUGAUAAAAAGGCAAGGCACUUCUAUUAUUGUCAACUAAAACAAGUUUUAAACUCCUGCUGCACAAGCAAAGAGGAAGCCUACUUCUUGCUUACAGCGUAUGCAUUGCAGGCUGACUUGGGAAACUACAAAAAGAAUGUCCACACUGGAAACUACUUUGAACCUCAGAGCUAUUUCCCUCAAUGGGUAAUUCGAAAAAGGGGCUGUGAGUAUAUUUUGAAGCAUGUUCCAAAAAUGCAUAGAGAGCAGCGUGGACUGACUCCUAAAGAGGGGAUGCUGAGGUUUAUUAAAGAGGCUUGUCUUUUAGAGGAUGUGCCUGUUCAUUACUACCGGCUUCAGAAAGACAAAAAGGAAGAGCACCCCUCAGUGGUGCUUGGGCUCACUUUGAAAGGAAUGCAUAUCUAUCAGGAGCUUCACAAUGUCCGACAUUUGUUGUAUGACUUUCCCUGGUCAAGUAUUGGCAAGCUUACUUUUCUGGGAAAGAAAUUUGAGAUCCAGCCGGAUGGUUUGCCGUCUGCUCGGAAGUUGAUCUAUUACACAGGCUGUCCGUUCCGAUCCAAGCACUUGCUGCAGCUCCUCAGCAACAGUCACCGACUCUACAUGAACAUUCAGCCUAUGCUCAAGCAGAUCCGUAAAAUGGAAGAAACAGAAGACAAAAAGCGCUACAGAGAAUCGUACAUCAGUGAUACCUUUGAGAUGGAUCUAGAGCGACUUGAUGCACAUUCCCACGGCAGUGGGAGCAGCCAAGGAAGCGGAAGGAACAAGCAGCUCUCCCGCCAGUCAACAGUCAGCCACAGCAGUUCGCAUACCUCUGGAAUUGAGGCAGACUCAAGGUAUAGAAUGUCUGCCGAAAUGGCAGUGGAUGAACCGUUGUCCGGUGAACCAGCGCACAGUACAGUUAAAUCCUGUAGUUCCAUGAUGAGCCGUGGAAGCUCCCACACAUCAGGAAUUGGCAGCAGCAACAAAGAUCGGACAGAGAAUAACGAAGAGGAGGCACCUAUCAAUGAUCCACUUGAGAUAUCACAGGGAAACACAUUGAUUGAAGGUGAAUCUGUUGACUAUCCACUUGUAGAACAGGAUUACCAGCAAGGUAUCAGCAAUGAACCCAUUGUGAGUUUAUGUGAUCCCUUGGUAAAACUUCGAGGCCAAAGUGUCGACUCACUCUCACAGGCCUCACAAUCUAAGCCAAGAAACUCGAAUGAUCGGCACAGUCAGAGUUUAGACGAUGUACGCUUGUACCAACAACAACCACCUUUGUGCUCAAGUUUGUCUUCAGAUACCUCUCAGAGCUACACGUUUGGCUGUAUCUAUGAGGACAAGGAUAGUCAAUUUUGUUAUACUUAUUCCACUGCAGAUUGUAACACGAAAUCCACCUUCUAUGGCAAACGUUCAAUGAACUGUCUAUCGUUGGAUCUUCUUGGAGACGAACAACUAAUGGAAUUUGUAGUAUAGUUAAAGACUGUAUGAACAUGAUGGAUAUGUUAACCAGCAAAGUCUUGGACUGAUCUACUUUGAGUGUUAAUCUAUGACUUAAUGAAGGAGCGUUAUGAAACAUUUGUGAAAAUGUCCUCCAACAGGAGCCCCUGCUGAGCGAGCGUCCAAACACUUGAGCCUAAAAGUAAUUUUUGCGAACAAUUUAACAGAUUAUUUUAUACCUCACCACAACCUGGAGCCCAGCUGAAGACUCACUGUCAGAGGCAGCAGCACCUAUUGGAGCAUUUUGGAACUUGCUGUGGUAAUGCUGUAAUAAGUUUAUUUUAUACCUUAUUCUUAUUUCAGAAACAAGGGUAUUUUUCUCAACAGUGACUUCUGCAAAACAAUUUGACAUUUGUCCAAAUGAGAAAAAUACAGAUAGUGCAUCAUAUUUGUGAGGCAUUCCAAUAUUGAUGAGUUGGGAAGCUAUAAACUAUAGAAUGGAAGUGGAAUUGGUUUAUUAUUGACACAUGUACCAAAAUACAGUGAAAAGCUUUUGUUUGUGUGCCAUUCUGACAGAUCAUUCCAUACAUUGUCUUCACUCACUGCUCCUUCAGCUGAAAGACCCAAUUCUAUUUAAGGAGUAAGCUAACCUGAAAGUCAACUUUUAACAAACUAUAUCAGCAAGGAGUAUGAAAAGGAUAGAAGAUUUUCUGCAGAAAACUAUUGUCUGCUUUAUUUUUAGAUUUUUCUCUGCUUUGAAGAGGAAUUUAAAUAGAACAUGCAAGCAAGUACCAAUGAAUGAUUACUCUGAUCUUAAAGGUAUCUUUAAAUGGUGAUAGAAGAACUGAUGCUUCAAAUGACAAAUAAUUACUCCAAAUCCCAGUUAUGGUUGUUGUUACAUCACUGCAGGACAAUGAACAGUUGACUUAGAAGGUAAAACUGGAAGUCCAGUCACAUUUUGCCACUAUGACAGGUGAUAGAGAAGAAUUACCACUAGCGGCAGAACAAGUAUCCAGGUUAAAAACUAAAUAGUUUCAUGCAAAGUUGUAUUGAAACUACAAAAAUCAUCAUUCUAAAUAUGGAUGGCAAGAAUACACUGCAGCUUCAUAUUCCUGACCAUCUUUUGUGCUUUCAUUUUCUGCUUCUGUUUGGUACAUUUAUAGAGUUGAUAAAUAGCUCAUAAUAAACUGAGCCAGAUUGUUUUGGGAUAUGCUGGAGAUGUUCACAGAAACAAUACUUUAAGUAACACCGUCUGUGUAAAACAAAAUUCUUUGAAUUAUCACAUCGCCUUCUCUCAAACAAUGAAUCAGUCCUUCCCUACUCUUUCAGUUUGAAAUUAGAAGAAACACUGAGGGCAGCAAGGAGAAGCUUCAAUAUCCACAACCGAGAGUGGCUUAGCAGCGACACUAUUGACUGAACUGGCCAACUCCUGAAGGAUGCAGUCACCAAAAUGGGGUUUGCAAUAGAGAGAGAAUUGAAGCGAAAGGUAAACCUACCUGAUAUAAUCCACACAUGUCUACACUAUCAAAGAUAUAUAUGUCCUUGACAACAUUGCGAAGAACAACCGUCACAGAACCGUCAUUGGAAAGAAGUGCGAAGUUCUCUUUGGAUACUCUAGUGGUUCAAAGAUGGGGAACCAUGAGUACUGUAGUCUAUCAACAACAGCAAAAUUGUACUUCAACAAAUGCUGCAACCUCAUGGUGAAGCAUAUCCCUCACACUACCAUCAACAGCAAGGCACAUUCUGGUUCAUGGUGGAAAAGCACAUCGGAAGCAGCAUCAAAUGUAUCUGAAAAUGGGAGCUGUUCCAGUGAAACUACAAUACAAGAUGGCGUGCGUGUGAGCAGAGUUAAACAAUGCUAAAGCCAACUAAUCAAAUCAAAACUGUAGGCUUGCAGUAUUGACACAUCCAAUCAUGAAUGCUGCUGAACUAAGAAGAAAGCUCCAUGAAUAUUCCAUGAUAGCAUGAGUGUAAAAGAUAAGGCUGAACUGUUUGCACCCAUCUUUAGCCAAAAGGGCAAAGUGGAUGAUCCGUCACAGAUUCCUUGAGGACAUUGCAUAAGCUAUUAUUCAUGCCAUUCAAAAUUAACUCUCCCUGAAAUCAAUAAAGGACUCAGUGUAACAAACUGUGCAAGGCCCCAAUAAGAUCACAACUUUAGUGCUGAAGCCCUAUGCUGCAGAACUAGCUUUACUCAUAGCCAAGGAGUUAUAACAGUUGAGUGGACCAACAAGGUGGAAAGUUGACCAUUCAUGUCUUGCUGACACAACAACAGGGCAGAUCCAAUCUGACCAAUCAGCCUACUCUUAGUCCUUACCAAAAGGAUGAGAAGGUCAUCGAUAGUGGUAUUAAUCUACACUUACGCAAAUAGCCCAUGUGCCGAACCUCAGUUUAGGUUGUUUUAAAGCCACUUGACUCUAGAUUUCAUUAAAGUCUUAGUCUAAACAUGGACAAAAGAGUUGAAUUCCAAAGUGAGGUGAAAAUGACUGUCUUUGACAUCAAAGCAGAAAUCGUUGGAUUGUAGCAUCAAGCAGUCCUAAUAAGAUUGAUUCAAUGGGAAUCAAAGGGUAAACUCUGCACUGGUGGAAUUAUACAAAGGAUGAUGGUUGUGCUUGUUGAAGACCUAUUAACUUUAAGGCUAAGUUAAUGACUGCAGGACUUCUCAGUGCACUUCUCAGUGGCCUAGUCCCAAUCAUCUUCAGCGGUUUCAUCAAUAACCUUUCCACUAUCAUAUGGUCAGUAUGGAAAUGUUUGUUAAUGAUUGCACUUGUUCAAUUCCAUUCACAAUUCCUCAGCUAAUGAAGCAUGGUUUGGCCUGAUAAGUGGCAAAUAACAUUUGUGCCAUAUAUGUGCUAGGCAAUGGUCAACUUCAACAAGAGUCCAGCCACCUCCACUUAAUAUUCAGCAGCUUUCCCACUGUUCAAUCCUCCAGCAUCAGUAUAUUUUUAAUCGUUGGCCAUAAACGUAAUUGCACCAGCCACAUUAACGGGGGGAGUUUAUAGGCUGAGAAUUUUGUAAUGAGUGGGAUUCCCCAGAGCCUUUUCACUACCAAUUAUUCUUUGUUUGUUACCCAUAAUAGAACAGCACCUCCUAAAAACAACUUAGGACAUGUACAGCAGGCACACAGAAACACCACCACCUCCAAGUUCUCUACCAACAAACCUGGACAUAUAUUGCCUUUUCUUUGUUCCCACUGGGUCCCACUGCAGCCUACCUAAUAUCACUUUGAGAGUAGCUUCACCAAACAGGGUGCAGUCACUCAGGAAGGCACUCACCAUCAGCUUCUCAAGGUCAACUAGGAAUGGACAAUAAAUGCGGGCCUUGCCAAAAAUAUGCAUGACUUGGGUAUGACUGAAAAAAAUUAUUCCCUGGAGACAAAAAAAAUGCAAGACAUAGAGCAAAUGCAUUGCACUGCUUUUGAAAGUAGCCUUGAUGCUGAUAUGUACCUAACUGCCUUAAAUGAUCUUAGGAGUAAGAGAACAUACGACAGUAGUGCUGAUGUUACAUUGCAGUCUACUGAAAAACAACACUCAGUGAAAAGUUAGCAAUAUUGACCGAGUAACAACAAUGUAGUAUAUUUGGAUGAAUUGAAGUUGUAAAUUCAGAUAAUGGGAUUUCAGAAUAAAUUCCUUUCCUCAUAUUUAUUUCUUUUUUUAAUGUGCCCAGGAAAAAUAAUUGCAGCAAAGUGAGUAUUCAGCCCUCUAAUCACGCCUGUCAAAUGGAACUGUACAUCUAGUAUGUCUCUUUACACAUUCUCCAUAUUCUUCUGCACUUUUACCUAUGAAAUGUUUAUCUAGUUGUCAUUUAACAAUGGUAUAAGCUCUGUUUCCAAGUAAUUUGCAUUACAUUCGAAUGAUCCUCCUAUGUAAGAAUCGCACUUAAUCUUCUGUAUUCUGGUAAAAGCACCUCAAUUAUUUGAGUCCUUCUUAAAAGCCAUAGCCAUUCAGUCCAGGUAGUACUUUAGUUAAUAUUCACUGUUUUCUCUCUGUGACUUUCUAUAAUAUACUCUCUGUAACUGAAUGCCUACUUCUUGUUGGUUUACUUCCUGUAGUAUUGUGAUGUGUUGCCUGCAACCUGAUAGUAUGUGAGCAGCUAGGAUAAAUCAACCAUGUUGGUGUACACUGUGAUCUGCAGGUCUGAUCAUCUUUCAGAGGCCAAUAUGCUACACCUAGUGGCAAUGUACCUUAUGAAGGUUGCAGAUUUAAUAGAUAAAUAAAACUAUGGAUAUAAUUUACAGCCAGGGCAAAUGAAUAUUUACUGUUUACUAGUUUAUUACCUUUGUGUUUAGUGGAAACAGGCAAAAACAAACCUCCAAAGGAAAUUCUUUCCUCCAAGUUUAAAUUAUUGUCACAUCACCACACUUGUUUUUAGUAUGGUGCUGUGGUUACAGAUUGUGCAUUUCAGCAUUUGAUUUAUAUUCCCUGAUACAUACUAUAGCCAUAAUGUGUAAAGUCUAAUCAAAGCCUGUUUUGUCCGUAACUUUACCUUUGAAUAAUUCAGAUCAAUGUGAGGUUAGCCAAUUAUUUACAUUUCUACCUAUAAGCCAAAUAUUGUUUUCUCCAAAACCUUCUCUUUCUCAACUGCCAUGCACACUUGCUUCCUUUUUCUUCUCCAUUUACUCUCUUGGUCUCUUUAUCAAACACACACAUUGACUCUGCCUGUAUGUUGUGAAUUGAAGAGUUGAAUGCAUAAGCUGUUGUAUGAUGAAUUAUUUAUAUUGCUUUCAAACUUGCAAUAUGUUUGUUCUUAUAAAACAUAUGAUUAACUUUUUUUUUACCUAUUUUGUAAAGAUUUGGAAAAACUGUUUAUAUACACCUUCUUGAGGAUUGUUUUAAAAUGCCGAAGAAUAAUCAUGUUAUAUUGUAUGGAACUUUAUUACAGUAUUAUAACUGAGCACUGUGAUAAUUAAUUAUGCAAAUUAUCCUGUUUAUUUAGAUGCUGAACAACUAGUCGAUGUUUGUCUAAACCCCUAUUACAUUUGCUCGGGGAUUUUAAUAUUUGUUAUAUAGAAUAGUUGAACUGUUAUUUGUAUACAUUGAACAUCUAGUUUUAAAUGUGAGAU